AUGGCAUCUAAGAGAGGAAUGAGUAACCUGUGUAAUGGUAGAUAUCAGCAGCCUAUUGAAGUGCUAUGGCAGCCUCCGGAACUUAAUGAGAUUCUAAUUUGUUGUGAUGGAGCAGCACGUGGAAAUCCAGACAUUGCGGGAGCAGGAGUGGUGGCAAGAGACUCUAGCUGUGCAGUUCUUGGUACUUUGAGUAUUGGUCUUGGAGUUACUACAAACUAUUUGGCGGAACUCUAUGCAAUUAUAAUUGGUAUGGAAUGGGAAAUGCAAUGGAAUUAUGAUCGUAUUUGUGUGCAAUCUGAUUCAUAUGGAGUAGUUCAAGCUUUACAAAGCUCUUCUAUUCCUUGGUUUGCAAAAGCAAGAUGGGGAAGUUAUGCAAUUAUUAUAUUUCUAUAA